UCCCGGAUGUAAUACCAAAAAAAGUUGCAGCACAUCACUUACCUUCAGUGGUAGAUAAACUACAGCCUUAUGAUAUAUCUGAGGAUUUAUUAGGUCACGUGAUUGGCAAAGAUGGUGUUGCUCCUGAUGAUGAUAAAAUAAAGAAAAUAAGAGACUUCCCUAUACCAACUACAUUAAGACAACUACGUGCAUUCUUGGGUCUCGCCUCCUAUUAUAGGUAUCCCAAUUUUGAUUGGCCUUUUUACCUCCAUACCGAUGCUUCAAUUACAGGGUUGGGUGCUGUGUUAUCCCAACUAGACAAUGAAGUACUUAGGGUCAAAGCCCUUUUUCUUAAUUACGGACCAUUCCGCAUUGAAGUGGCUAAGAACCUCAGAGUUAAAGG